GGAGUGAAAUGUAAAAGAGGAAUAUAAAGCUAGGGUGUAAUGCGCGCGCGUGUUAGAGAGAGAGAGAGAGAGAGCAGCAAAUGGUAAGGGCAGUGAAUCUUGACAAAACACAGCACAAAUCCAGAGAAGGGAAAUCCAAAUAAAGGGUAUAUACUCCAAUUUGUGCUAAGUUUACCCAAAAGCAGGGGAACUUUUGGAUUUUGGUCUUCUGCUACACAUUAAAUUCACCAAACCCCUUUCAAGCAUUUAUAUCCAUCCUUGGAUUGUGCAAUUAUUCCACAAGAUUGCAAUACCAACCAACAAGUUUUAUUGGGUGUGACAGCUAAUAAACCAUAGAGGUUUGGUGUGUGUGUGUAAAACAGAGAGACAGUGAGAGAGAGCAAAGAAUGGAGGUGGGUCAGUUGCAGAGACAGUUUGUGGAAUACACAGCUUCUUUGUUUCGUGAGGGGGUCCUGGAUGAUCAGUUUACUCAGCUUCAGCAACUGCAAGAUGAGAGCAACCCUGAUUUUGUGGUGGAAGUGGUCUCUCUCUUCUUUGAAGAUUCUGAAAGGCUUCUAAAUGAUCUCACAACAGCUCUAGAUCAGCGAAGUGUAGACUUCAAAAAGGUUGAUGCUCAUGUUCAUCAGUUGAAGGGUAGCAGCUCCAGCAUAGGUGCACAGAGAGUGAAAAAUGCCUGCAUUGCCUUUCGCAAUUUCUGCGAUGAACAGAACAACGAAGCGUGCUUGAGAUGUCUGCAUCAAGUGAAACAAGAGUACUAUCUUGUGAAGAACAAGCUUGAAACUUUAUUCAGGCUAGAGCAACAGAUUGUGGCAGCUGGUGGAUCAAUUCCUAUGAUGGAGUGAGAGGUCUGAAGCAAAGCAAGUGAAUUUGGGAGCUUUUUGUCAAGAAGCUUUUGUGAGUUUUGUGAACCACUUAAUUAAUCAUGCAUAAGGUUCUCUUGGCUACUAACUAGUGCUUGUAUGAAUUCUGAUGAAUAGUGCCACUUCUUUUGUAAACCUAUAAGCUUCUUGUUGAAAUUGGUGAGCCUACAUGCUCAUAUGAAUUUGGCUUUUUGACGGCCUAAGUUUUCCCCCACUUCAAACUCAGCUUUAUGAUUAUCUGAAAUUUUAGAUUCGGUUGCUCUG